AUGCCUACUGAAUUCAUCAGCCUUACCUUCCCCAACGCCUCGACCGAGGUCGCGCCUAUCCCCAACGCCUCUAUUGACCCCGACUACCUCGUCCGAUAUGCGCGAUCCCUAGACGAUUAUGGCUUCAACUAUACCCUCGUGCCAUAUGAUUCGUCUUAUUUCGACCCCUUCACCGUCGGAGCCACUAUCGCGUCGGUGACCAAGAACCUCAAGAUCAUCAUCGCCCUCCGCCCCAACACCCUCUACCCGACUGUCGCCGCCAAAGCCCUCGCUACCCUAGACCAGCUCAGUCGAGGACGCGCCGUAGUCCACCUUAUCGCCGGCGGCAGCGAUGCCGAGCAAGCUAAAGAAGGUGACUUCCUCACCAAGUCCCAACGCUACGGCCGACUAGAAGAAUACAUCCGCAUUCUCCGCCGAGCCUGGGAAUCCGAUGAGCCGUUCGACUGGGAGAGCGAAUACUACACCUUCAAGCAAUUCAGCAACCGUGUCCGUCCUGCCAACCCCAACGGGACCAUCCCCGUCUCGGUGGGUGGCUCCUCCGAUGAAGCCUACCGCGUCGGCGGCUCUCUGGCCGAUAUCUUCGGUCUCUGGGGCGAGCCGCUCAAGGAAACCAAGGAACAGAUCGAUCGGAUCUAUGCCGAAGCCGAACGCGCCGGUCGUGCACCAAACGAUCGCCCCCGUAUCUGGGUGACUUUCCGACCUAUUAUUGCUGAGACAGAUGAGCUGGCCUGGGCCAAGGCGUAUCAGACGCUCGAUAAGUUGAAGGAGCAUCGCGCGAACGGGCAGGGUAAGGCGCCGCCCAAUGCUCCGCCGCCGCAAAAUGUUGGGUCCCAGCGUCUGUUGGAUAUUGCGGCGCGUGGGGAGGUCCAGGACCGCGCGCUCUGGUAUCCCACUGUCACGGCGACGAAUGCGCGCGGAGCGUCCACAGCUUUGGUCGGAUCGCCGCAGACUAUCUCGGAUUCGAUUUUGGAUUAUGUGGAUUUGGGUGCCGAAUUGAUCUCUAUCCGCGGGUAUGACAAUCUCAAUGAUGCGAUUGAUUAUGGGCGGUAUGUGCUGCCUAAGGUGCGUGGGGAGUUGAAGGCGAGGGAGAACGGGAAUUGA